UGUUGGUUGUUGGAUGCGUCAGAUGCGCGCACUUGACGUAAUCUUCCACAGCUCUAACGUCAGUUCCCCAUCCCCUCCCCCUAGCAACAGAGGAAAGAUGGCGGCGCCCAGCAACGCAGAGCAGUCUCCUGAAUUGACGAUACCGUUAAAGAUCCCCAAAACUGAAGUCCCUUCCCCAGCGGAAUCAGAAGACUUGAGCGAUGGCAACCAGUACCAUUCCAACGCCUCCACGCCGAGCAGAUUUUCCCCUCUCAAUGUCGGUAGCACGGUUUCGGGAGCUGGGAGCGCGGGCCGAAGUGCUUCGGCGGCCUCUGCUGCCUCCAACAGCUACACCGCCUGCAGGGGUAUGUCAUGGACCCCUUCGGAGACAAAUGCCCUCAUCGCGGUGUGGGGGAACGAGAGGUUGACGGAGGCGCGGAUGCAGCAGCUGGAGGUGGCUGGUACCGUUUUCUCUGGGAAGGCUCCGGGACCAGCCAUGUACGAACGGGUAUCAAGGGCUCUGUCAGAGCUCGGCUACGAAAGGACCCCUUCGCAGUGUCGAGAGAGGAUGAAGACGUUGCGGCGCUGCUACAGCCGUGUGAAGGAGCACGGCAUCGGGAAGCGUAAGAGCAGCUACUCCCUAGAACAGCUGGAGAAGGUGUUUGGACAGGGUGGCUGGGACUCUCAGACAUGCCAGCCGGUGCUGAUCAACAGCAGUGGGCUCUACCAGGACAUGGAGUCAGACGGCAGCACUAUGGAGGAGUUCUCCCAGGAGGACUGGUGCAACCAGGAGCUGUCCAACGCCUUCCAGGAAGCAGACGAGGACACAGAGGACAUUCCACUGCCAAAGGCCAGAGUUGUACACGCACGACCGGAGCCUACAGGACACAUGCAGCGACAGGAGGUGAUGCAGAACGUGAUGCGCAUCCUGGAGUCGGUGGACAUCCAAUGGGAACACUUCCAGACCUGGACGGACUUCUCGCGGCUGCACCUGUCCAAUAAGCUGGCUAUCUUCGGGGUGGGCUACAACACGCGAUGGAGGCCCGACGUGCGGUACCACCACGCCGAGAUCAGCUCGCAGGUGCCACUGGGCAAGCGCCUGCGCGAGUACUUCAACCCCGAGAAGGCGGAGGGCCGCGUCAUCAUGACCAAAGUGCAGAAGAUGAACUGGAAGAACGUCUACUACAAGUUCCUGGACAUCACCAUCAGCGAGGCGCGCUGCCUGGAGCUCCACAUGGAGGUGUCCUGGAUCCCCGUCUCCCGCUCCCAGUCCCACUCCUCACGCACCUCCUCCUCCGCCACCUCCUCCUCCACCUCCUCCACGGCGGGCUGCAGCAACGGGGGGGCGCACCACCACUACCUACUGCCAGGGGGCAUCCCCAAAACCUACGGACUCUACGCCAUCGGGUACGAAGAGCUGGGAGGAGGAGGAGGAGCGAGCAGCCGGACCGGUUUAGGGGGGGCGAUGACGGGUUCAGGUUCUGCUGCUGCUGACGACCCGUCUUCCUCGUCUUCUCAGGAGAGCAGUGUUGGUGGUGGUGGUGGUAACACCGGUGGGGCGUCCGGCUCGAGUCCGAAUCGGUCGUCGUGGUUGACGUCGGAUCGUCAGGACAGGAGCGCGUCUUCGUCUGCGUCUGCGUCUGCGUCCGCCGUGUCCAAAGUCACGUAUUGCUACCUCGGCAUUGCGGAGGACCGGACCCUCCAGCAGUGCCUCUAUCAGCACUUUCAGACGGCGGCGGUGGUGGCGGGGAGGCAGCAUCACAACACCCGGGGCAGCGCCAUGAGCCUCGAGGCCGCCCAGUCCCCCCUCAACAAGUUCCUGCAGGCCAACUGCAGCAGCAGUAGCAGUAGCAGUGGCACCUCCAAGACAGAGGGGGCGCCACCACCGCCGCUGCCGCCGCCGAGCUCAGCCAUCUACAUUAAAUUCAUAGAGGUGGAGUUGGACUUCCUCUCCGCCGGCUCCUUAGUGGAAUGUCUAGAGAUUGCUGUCGGAUACAAAUUGAAAUAUAACAAAAAGGAGACGUUGUAAUGUAACUGAAAACACACACACACACACACUUCCACAUUCAGAUGAAGAACUUAUGUGACUAUGAAAUGAAUUUUGGGACUGUGAAGUGAACCACAGGACUUGUGAGAUUAUCAAAGGUGUGUUUAAAGAGCUUCAUCUGGCCAUUGAGUGUUAAAAGGUUUUCCUUCUCAUAAUUGCACUACUGUAUUUAUCAUGGGAACGAAUACACAUCCAACAUUGAAGAGUUACAACUGUACGUAACUGUUUAAUGUUCAAUGUAGGGAU